GACUGAGUUUCCAAAUAAGUCGUUUCUCCAUAUCUUAAAACCAAAAGACUAAUUAUGUCGACCCAAAACGCGACUGUUAAAAACGCUCUCAUUUUUUUCCUACUCACUUUUGCCAUCAUGGCCAGAACCGUGUUCUCCCAGAAUUGCCAGACAACUGGGUGUCCAGGCCUUGAGGAGUGUUGCAGCUCGUGGGGUUACUGUGGGAUAAAAGAUGACCAAUGUGGCUUUUGGUGCUUCAGUGGCCCUUGCAAUCUCACAAACAAAUCCUAUGGAUUCGACUACAACCUCAAUGCCAGUCAACGCGGUCCAAUAGAGAAAAUUGUCACACCAGCGUUGUUCAAACGCAUCAUGAGCAAAGUAGGAAGCAAUUGUCCUGCAAAAGGGUUCUACACUCACCAGGCUUUCAUCGCCGCAGUUAAAUCCUUCGGAACCUAUAAAAGAUCGGUGGCUAAGCGUGAGAUCGCAGCCAUAUUGACACAUUUCUCUCACGGAUCAAAAAGCUUUUGUUACAAAGAAGAUAAAGCGAAAGGGAAGUACUGCUCCCCGAGCAAGAAGUACCCUUGUGAACCGGGAAAGCAAUACUAUGGUCGUGGUCCGCUCCAAACAAUCAGAUGGAACGAGUACUACGGUGCAGCGGGCAAAUUCCUCAGGUUGCCUCUGUUGAAAGAUCCGGAUAUGGUGGCUCGUAGCCCGGAAGUGGCUUUCAAAUUUGCAAUGUGGUUCUGGACAAAAAACGUUCGUCCGGCUUUGUACUUAGGAUUUGGAGAAACCUCAAAGAGGGUGAACGGUCUAUUAUGCGACAGCUUACAUCCUGAAGAUACGAUGAACUUAGUCAAGCAAUAUGUGGACUUGUGCAAGAUCCUCGGGGUUACUCCGGAUGAAGGUCUCCAUUGUUAAAACAACAUUAAAUAGUGUAAUACUACGUUGAUUUUGAAUUAAUUAUAAUUAAUUAUUGUCUUGGAUUGUUGCUGAUUCGCCUAGAAAACCAUCAUGCAUUAAGAAAUAUGAUGAGUAUCUACAUAUGUAGAAAGGCAAGAUCUCUAAUCUGUAGAACAAUUCUCACCAUGGUGUAUGUGUUUUGUGAUCCUGUUUGGCCAUAAGCAAUA